GAUGAAAGAACGCCCGUGGUCUUAUCCGGUUUUCUAUCCCAAUCAGGAACUGAGAUCGAUGGAUAUGGACGACACUGUUCCCAUUCGGAGGAGGACUGAUGAGGAAAUAACACCACCACAGAUUCCUGCUACGGUGGAGUUGGAGAAGGUUCAAUGGAUGAAGGAUCCGGGGCUUCGAAAGCUGUAUUUUUGGGCCUUCAUUAUCUGCAUUGCUUCUGCGACGACCGGCUAUGACGCAUCUAUGCUCAACAACCUUCGGAUCCUGGACACCUUCAAACAUUAUUUUGGCAAUCCAGAAGGCACCAUGCUUGGUUUGCUCACCGCAUUGUAUUCCAUCGGAUCCAUAGUUUCGUUACCCGUCACUCCAUAUGUGGCGGAUCACUUUGGGCGUAAAGCAGCAAUGACCCUGGGAUGCAUUGUGAUGAUCACAGGUGCAAUCAUCCAAGGCGCAGCUAAGAACCUGACUUACUUCAUGGCGGGCCGCUUCAUGAUGGGGUUUGGGAAUUCACUGGCUCAGCUUUCCGCACCGUUGCUCCUCACUGAACUCUGCCACCCGCAACAUCGAGGCCGUGUGACUGCAAUCUACAAUUGCUUGUGGAACGUCGGAGCCAUUAUCUGCACAUGGCUCACCUUCGGCUCGAAGCGCAUCGAAAGCGAUUGGAGCUGGCGCGUGCCUGCGCUAACACAAGCACUCCCAUCAAUCGUCCAGCUCAUCUUCAUCGCUUUCAUCCCUGAAUCUCCCCGCUGGCUGAUCGCCAAAGGCCGCAACAAGGAAGCCCUCCACAUCCUCAGCAAAUACCACGCCAACGGCAACCCGCGAAACGCAACAGUCCAAUUCGAAUACAACGAGAUCAGAGAAACCCUCCGCCUCGAAUUUCAAUACCAAAAGUCAUCCUCAUACCUAGACUUCUUCCGCACACGAGGCAACAGAGUCCGACUCCUUCUUCUCGCCUCGUUGGGCCUCUUCUCGCAAUGGUCCGGUAACGGCUUAGUAUCGUACUACGCAACCGACGUCUACGAAAGCAUCGGCAUCAAAGACACAGACCUCCAGCUCAUCUUCACAGGCGGCCUCACCACAAUGUCCCUCAUCGUCUCAGUGUCUUGCGCUAUGCUUGUUGACCGCGUAGGCAGACGCCCGCUCUUCAUCACCGCUACGGCAUCCAUGUGUGUCUGUUUCAUCCUAUGGUCGUAUGCCUCGGCGCAGCAGCAGGAACAUCAAAGCAUGCUCGCGGGACGCGCUGUUAUCGCGCUGAUCUGGCUCUUCAACUUCGCAUACGCCCUUGCCUGGACUGGAUUGUUGGUUGCGUAUACGGUUGAGAUCCUGCCUUUCAAGAUCCGCGCCAAAGGGCUCAUGGUCAUGAACGUCUUCAUCCAGGUGUCGCUGGCCAUCAACCAGUACGUCAACCCGCUGGGCUUCAAGUACCUGAAACCAGCGUGGAAACUGUACACCAUCUACGCUGUCGUCCUCUUCAUCGAACUCAUUUUCGUCUGCAUCUUCUACAUCGAAACCCGCGGCCCCACGCUCGAGGAAAUCGCACACAUCUUUGACGCCGACGAAGUCAACGUCCACCACCUCGAUCUCAAAUCCGUCGAGAACGUACUGACCGCGGAGCGCGGAGAACGCAUCGGCGUAGUGCGGUACGAAGAUAUCCGCGUUGAAAAGUUAUAA